AUGCUUUCGUGUGCUCUUCGUACUGCACAUCUGAUGACCUUCACCGUGAUGUAUCUUUAUGUACGUUUAAGGCAGGUUGUGGAUUGUGAGAAAAAUUACAAACGUCAGUUUUCAAGUAAUUCUCAUGAAACAAUAAUAAAAGCAGAAAGAAGUCGUAAAACAUUUAUAACUCGCAUUCAUUUCAGAACUUCAUCGUUUGACCCUAAGACAAUACACCAAUUUCAAUCUCACGACUUCUUGAUUAUUUUAAUGCGUCUUUGUCGAAGGUCUUUAGAACCUAUCUCUCCAGAAAAACUGAUUCUGAUGAAAGAAUUCAUGAUAAAAAAAGGUGUGGAGGAUGAAGGGAAAUUCCACAAAAACAAACAUCAUCAAGUGAGUCGUAUGGAAAAAGAAACUAAUUCUAGCGAUUAUGAAUCAGCAUUAUAA